AUGGCAGACGCGGAGGGUCAUGACUUCUCUCAAAUAAGCCGCAACAUACGAAGAUCAAUGCAACAGAAUUUACAAAUUUUUGAUUCAAUCCGUGGAAAAGAAGUUAAUAUUCCCUUCUGGGACAUAGUUGUGAUUACUGCUCUCGAUGAAGGUCAAAAAAAUGCCUAUGAUCUUCAACUUCAGUCUAAGCUCGCGCGAGGAGAAUUACCCCUUGGGGUAAAAUAUCAUGUGUUCUAUGACCCGCCCGGGCCGAAAAUCGGUAAUGGUGGAUCAGUACUUGUCACUAUUGGUGAUCUUUUAAAGAUUUAUGAAGAGGAGGAGUUGAUGAACUCGAAGAUUAUUAUGUUACCUGCCGGAGGUUAUAGCCAAAGAUUGCCAAACGCAAGUGUUCUGGGAAAAGCAUUCACUGCCCUUCCUAUUGGUGAUCCACCUUACCAAAUGUUAGAACUUCAGCUUGCUAUGUUUAUUGAGUUUCCACGACAUAUGAACCCAGGCAUCUUUGUGGCUGCUUCGGAUAUCCUAGUGGUGUUUAAUAGUGAAGGAGAUUGGUCAUUCACUAAACCAGGCUUCACAGCUUUGGCUCAUCCUUCUCCAAUUCAUAUUGGUACAACACAUGGUGUAUUUGUUCUUAAUGAUCAUGAAAAGUUAGCAUCUGUUCAGGCUGGCUGCCCAAUCACUCAAACAACAUGUAAGAAAUUUCUCCACAAACCAUCAAUGGACAUAAUGAGAAAGCAUGGCAUUGUAUUCCUCUGUGAUGAACAAGAGUAUGUUUACACUGACAGUGUCUUUUUUGUGGACUGGAGAACAGCCAAGAAUCUCUAUGACUUUUCUCAGCAGAUCCAACCAAUUGAUUGUGAAAUUGAUGCUUAUGGUGAUUUCUUGCAAGCUCUUGGGCCUGAGGCAUCAGCAGAUUACACAAAGAAUGUUGCCAAUGUCACAAAGGAGACUUCCUCUUUGAUUUCAAAGAGGAAGAAGAUUUUUGAGUUCCUGAAAGGAACACAAUUAAAUGUGUUGUUACUUAAUGAAUCCAAGUUCUACCACUUAGGCACCACUAUGGAAUGUAUUCACCAUUUCUGCGACGACAAAGUUUUUAGAUAUGAAAGUCACUUUCUCUCAGAAGUAAUGGUGAAAAGAAGUGGGCCCAGUGAGGAGAAAAUCACCACUGAUCAAAGAUGUCUCAUACACUGUUACCAGACUCUGCCAUCAAGUGUGGGACAGAGAACACUGUUGGAAUACUGCAACAUUCAAGCUGAAGCCUCUGUUGGCAAUAACUGCAUUGUCAGUAAUGUAGAGCUUCCUUCAGGGGCUAGCAUCCCUGACAAUACCUUCAUGAUGACUGUCUGUGUUACAGUUGACAAUGUCAGUGGGUUGUAUGUAACUGUUGUCUUUGGUAUUGAAGACAAUGUUAAAAAGAUGGCACCAUCUGAUGAUCUUGCAAAACUGCAGUACUUUGGCUUACCACUUGAUAAAGCAAUGUCACUGUUGGAUUUGGUGCAGAAUUCCAAACUUGAGUAUGUUAGUCUAUGGCACAUGGAGCUGUUUCCUGUGUUUAAAAGCUGUACAGAGUCUGUUUGGUAUGCAAUGAAGAUGCUGAAUGCUUUAAAGAAUGGAACAAAAAUUGACAAAGGAAACAUGCCUGUGGGAAAGUACUUGUCCAUGAAGGAGAUCUUGGAUCUUAAGGACACUGAAGGAACAUUGCACAUUAGGGAAAUGUUAAGGAAAAAAAUUUUAGGGACAUAAUCACAUGUUGAGUAAAUGGAAGGAAAUCCUUUCAGUAUUGACAUGAAUGUCAACAACUUCCUUGGGAUGAAAAUGUUCAAAAGAUUUGUUGAAUUUAGUUUUCUCAAGAAUGCUAUUAUAAUAUUCCUCUCCCACACUCUAGCUCAGAAGUGUUCUUAAUUGAUAUUUAUCUACUAAUAGUUUUAAAUUAUUAUUCACUCACUCCAUGAGUGAAUCUCAGUGGGACACAGUCCAGUAAGGGCUCCUAAGUUAGUAUUAGAUAAAACUUUUUAAAAGUUGAUCAAAAUAACGACCAUUCUACUAGAUAUAAAAAUUGGAAGGACGAGUAUUAACUCAUGGGAUAAAUAAGAACAUGGGAUAAAUUUUUAGUAAGUUUGACAGGAAACAUAAUGAAUUAUUUGUAUUGAGCUUUAUCUGAAUAUGCGCAAGGGGCUUUCACAACAUAAAAAGUAUUUCUUAUUCCCUUUUCCUUUCGAUGUCUUUCAUGAUGUCAUUACUUCUUGAUAUCAUGCUAAUACCUUAGCAAUUUUGUCACCCAGGGUAGUAAUUGUUAGGUGUUAAAUAAGGCUAAUUUGUUAAAAAUUUAUUCUUCAAUAACACAGUCAGGCAGUCUCUUCUGUAAAAAUGCAAUGGUUUCCUCUCUCUGUUUUAUCUUUGGUGCGUUAGUGAGGAUGAGUUUUCACAAGUCUUAACAUACUUUUCAGAUAACAAU